UUUGAUAGACUUUAAAUUUUUCAACAAGAUGAGUGAUAAAGAACCAAGACGGCGGAAAAAGAGGAAAGAUAAUCAGAGAAAAGUUCAUUUUUCAGAUGACAUUCGUACGGAGGACUCCACCUUCACGUCUGGCAAGCCAGAGACCAGAGAUUCCGACCAAGAGGCUGAAGAAGAAAUCGUUGCUCACAUUCACCAACCGCCCAGCUCUUUUGCAAAAAUUACUUUUAUGUUGAUCUUUUCCGGUCUAGUCAUUUCCAUGAGCUUAGUUUUCAUUUCCUUGCAAGGAGCAGAUAGAGGGUCUGUGGACCUAUUUGAUAGUGGGCAUGUGGAAGAACAUGAAGAAAUUUUGCAUGAACUCCAUGAAGAAGAAGAGAGCUCAACAGAAACUUUAGAAGAGAAUCUCGCUGAUCUUUUACCGGACCUUAGCAAUAUAUUCUCAUUGAAUACUGAACAAAUAGAGGAAACUCGAAGGGAUGACAGCAACAUUCAGGCAGAACUAGAAACUGAGACUCCAUUAAGCACUGAAAGCAACACAAAAGUACUCAAUGAAGAUACCAGCAGAAGGUUUGAUGAAGAAAUCUUGGAAGAAUACAUUGAGAGAACAGAAGCUUCAGAGCCUGAAAAUACUCAUUUUGAAGCCUUUUCUCAGGAGGAAUAUUACACUGAAUCAUCUGAUGACUUUUCAGUUCCUGACAUUGAAGAUUCAUUUACCACAUCUAGUCAAAGAGUAGAGCAGGCAUCAACCAUAACACCCCCAGAGGAAGAACUGGUGGAAUCUUUUGUAGAGCUCUCGUUCACCACAGAGUCAACUAGCGAAGAGUUGUUCACGGAAGCUUCUAUUGAGCAACCUUUCACCACUACCGCUGAAUCAUCCUAUGAAGAAGUAUUCACGGAAGCUUCUGUUGAGCAACCUUUCACCACUAACUCUGAGUCAUCCAAUGAAGAAGUAUUCACUGAAAGUACAGAACAGUUUGCCCAAAGUGAUUUUGACGAUGCUCCUGCCGAUCGUCAAGACGAAUCUGCAUUUUCAUAUGAAAAAUUUGAUGUUACGAAUGAAGAGGAUUUCCUCAUUAGGGACACUUUAGAUGAUAUUGAUAAAUAUGUAGAGAAAUCUCCAGAAAACGCCCUGAAGAAGUGUGAAGACCUCCUGCGUCUUCAUCCCAAAAGUCCUCGUCUGUACUACGCCAGAGCUCGUGCUCUUGACAAGUUUGCUGAAAUGCAACGCAGCAAUAAACAUCUGGAGGAAGCCAUCAGUGCCUAUCAGAAAGUUCUGUCUCUGGAAAAUGUUCCCGAAAAGCUAUAUUUGUUGGCUGGAAGAAAAGCUGCAGAGAGGUUACGCUUCAGAGGUUUCAUGGGAAAAUCUCUGAGGCAACUGAUUGAGAUGUCAGAUAAAUUUCCUCUGAAUGUUGAAUUGAGAAACCAAAUUGCUGUUGGCUAUUUAUUGAUAGGUCAAAACAAGGAAGCAAAGAAAACAUUGUUGGAAGUUUUGAAGUUGAAUCCAAAUUCUGGCUUUGCGAAAGUGCACUUGGGUUUUAUCUUGAAAACAGAUGAAAAUAAUUAUUCUGAAGCCAUUCAUUUGCUGCAAGAAGGCAUCGAUAGCAAUGAAGAAGGAGUUACAGAUGGGAGAUUUUAUUUUCAUCUUGGAGAUGCUUUGCAACGCUCUGGUAAACCAGAAGAGGCUUUUCAAGUAUAUGAAAGAGGUGUGAAGAAAGGUUUAUUUUUGUCUGCUUAUCAAAGGUCACUCUACAAUGUUAAUUCUCUGACUGGAAAGCCAUGGUGGAAUCCAUACAUGACACCUUAUGCUCCACAUUUUAAGAUUCUAGAAAAAAAUUGGUUAGACAUAAAAGCUGAAGCUUUGGCUCUGAUUGAUGCCAAACACUCUGGCUUCUUACCUGAGACAGAAGGACUGCAGGACAAAGGAGACUGGAAGCAGUUUGAACUGUUUGCUAGAGGUCAAAAAAUUGAAAAGAACUGUGCUAGAGCUCCCAAAACAUGCUCUUUGAUAGCCCAAAUGUCUGAUGCAGCAACUUGUAAGAGGGGGCAGGCUAAGUUUUCGAUCAUGCAUCCGGGCACUCAUGUUUGGGCUCAUACCGGGCCAACCAAUUGCCGCUUGAGAUCUCACUUGGGCCUUGUAAUUCCAGAUGGCCCAGUUAUUCGAGUAGCCAAUGAAACUAGGAAAUGGGAAGAAGGAAAAGUUCUUCUUUUUGAUGAUUCCUUUGAACAUGAAGUUUGGCACAAUGGCAGCUCAUAUCGCUUGGUCUUGAUUGUAGACUUCUGGCAUCCAGAGUUAAAACCCCACCAAAAGAGAACUCUUUCCCCUAUUUAGGCCAAA